GCUCUCCGCAACGUGUCUGGCGCGCAGUACGUGGGCUCAGGCUACACUAAGGCUGUAUACCGGGUCCGCCUGCCCGGCGGCGCCGCGGUGGCGCUUAAAGCAGUGGACUUCAGCGGCCACGAUCUGGGCAGCUGCGUGAGGGAGUUCGGGGCGCGAAGGGGCUGCUAUCGCUUGGCGGCCCACAAGCUGCUCAAGGAGAUGGUGCUGCUGGAGCGGCUGCGGCACCCCAACGUGCUGCAGCUCUAUGGCUAUUGCUACCAGGACAGUGAUGACAUCCCGGACACACUGACCACCAUCACAGAGCUUGGCGCCCCGGUGGAGAUGAUCCAGCUGUUACAGACUUCCUGGGAAGACCGAUUUCGAAUCUGCCUCAGCCUCGGCCGCCUCCUCCACCACCUAGCCCACUCCCCUCUGGGCUCAGUCACUCUGCUUGACUUCCGCCCUCGGCAGUUUGUGCUAGUGAAUGGUGAGCUGAAGGUGACAGACCUGGAUGAUGCCCGCGUGGAGGAGACACCGUGCUCCACUGUUGCUGACUGCAUCCUCGAGUUUCCAGCCAGGAACUUCACCCUGCCCUGCUCGGCCCAGGGCUGGUGUGAGGGCAUGAAUGAGAAACGGAACCUCUACAAUGCCUACAGGUUCUUCUUCACGUACCUCCUGCCCCAUAGUGCCCCUCCCUCCCUCCGGCCUCUGCUGGAUACCAUCGUCAAUGCCACAGGAGAGCUCACCUGGGGGGUGGAUGAGACCCUGGCCCAGCUGGAGAUGGUGCUGCAUCUGUACCGGAGUGGGCAGUACCUGCAGAACUCCACAAGCAGCAGUGCCGAGUACCAGCGCAUCCCAGAUAGUACCAUCACCCAGGAGGACUACCGCUGCUGGCCAUCCUACCACCAUGGCGGCUGCCUCCUGUCUGUGUUCAACCUGGCUGAGGCUGUGGAUGUGUGUGAGAGCCAUGCUCAGUGUCGUGCCUUUGUGGUCACCAACCAGACCACCUGGACAGGUCGGAAGCUGGUCUUUUUUAAGGCUGGAUGGAGCCAAGUGGUCCCUGAUGCCAGCAAGACCACAUAUGUGAAGGCAUCUGGCUGAUUGUGGGCUCAGCUGACCAUCUGGCAUCUUUGCCAGCUGGACUUGUCUGCUGCGGGGGUAACUUGCACUCAAGAUGUUGCGUUAUCACCUGGGAACCCCUGCAGACAAAACUGUCAUCCCAGACCAACUGAUGUGACCAGGACAAACGUGCAAUAUGCAAAGAUGUUAAAAUGUGAGUUUGCCAGCCUAGGUCUGAGACUGUUACUCCCAGCCUGGGCAUCACUGGUUGGGAGCUGACUGCCUCUCCAGAGCUCUGGGCUGCGAGCGGGGCUCAGGCUAGUCUUAACUGGGACAGUUCCAUGGGCAGCCCCAUCGCUGCAUUCAUGGUUUGAGAAUGUAGCCAGAACGCUGCUGCUGCGUCAGCCACAGUGGGCAGGAGCUGCAUGGGGACAAUCAGCCACAGAGCAUGCUCUCAGCACAGCUCCAACAGGGGAGCUGCGGAUGGAUGCUCCAAGAUGUGUGAACCAGUACCUGGGAAGGCUGUCUCUGGCCUCUCCCUAGAGGUUGCUCCUAGGCUAGCCCAGGGGUCAUGGGCAGUGGUGCACAUGUCCACAUGAGCCAAGACUAGGGUGGAAGAGCAGAUUGCAUUUGAGCCAGGACCUGGGAUGGGGGUAGGGUCGGAGCCUUUCUGCCUCAUUUGCUUUCAGUGAAAGCCACCAAGCAGCCAAAACCAGGCCCUCCCCUUCCUGGAGUUUGCAUUUCCAGAAGCUUUUGUACUUCUUGUUCAUUAAAUUGUUUAUUUUUGUAAAAAAAAAGUAAUCAACUAAUAAAAUGAUGUUUCAUGACAAA